CUACCACCAACCUAAAAUUGACACAAUAAUUAAAUUCGUAAUUCUUUCUUACAAUAAAAAGAAAUUUGUUUUAAAAUCACACCCGGUUUUUUAAUUCAUAAAUUUUUCUUGAUUGUUCAAAAUGGCACCGAUUAAUAAUAUGGAAGCAGCUAUAAGUCAAGUUGUGGAAACUGUGGAAAAUCAAUUAGAUCAGCAAAUUGAUCAAUUGAGAAAUUUAUCUGUUGAUGAUUUGGAAACAAUUCGUAAUCAAAGGUUAAAACUUUUGAAGGAAAAAGCUGCACAACAGAUUGAAUGGAAAAAGAAGGGUCAUGGAAUAGUUGUUGAGCUGAAAGAUGAAAAAGAGUUUUUCUCAACAACCAAAACAUCAGAGAAAUGUAUCAUUUUGGUGUAUUCGGACGAUACAAUUGAAAGUAAAAUUUUGGAUCAUCACAUCAAUAUUAUUGCUCCAAAAUUAUUGGAAUGUAAAAUUGCGAAAAUCAAUGUUAAAUCGUGUCCAUUUUUAAUGAAACGAUUAAAUUUAACGAAAACUCCAGUGUUAAUUUUAAUCCAAGAAUUUAAUAUCAUCGAAAAAAUUCAACGUUUCGAUAAUAUUAUCGAUAUCAGUAACAAAAGCACAGAAGCUUUACUGUAUCGUUUACAUACGAGUGGAAUCAUUCAGAACGAGGAUCUUGUUGCACCAACACAGAAAAAGAAGAAAGUUCUCACACAUCGUCGUAAAGUUAUCCGAGAAGGAAGUAGUGAUUCAUCUGAUGAUGAUUCCGAUUAAUUAUUCUUUGUUUUUCUUCUUUAAUUCUCGCCCUAAUUAUUAGAUAGCAUAUCAAUUUUUAACAAAUUUUUUAAAAUUAGUGACGGAUUUAAAGCUGGAAAACCUGGAAAUGCCAGGAAAUUAAAGUAUCAGCGAGGGAAGAUGGUAAAAAAUUCCUCUAGAAUUGAAUUUUGAAGACCGGAAACUUCAUUGAUACCUCUGAUGCGUUAAACUGAAAGCUAAUUUAAAUCCGUCACUGUUUAUAAGAAAAUCGCCUUUUAGGCGAAAAUAAAAUUCUAGAAAUGUGCAAAAACUUGCGCAAUAUAACCAUAAAAAAAUGUUUCGCCUUUGACCAAAACGUUUAACAAAAAAAAUAAUAAUAAUUUCGCCUUGAUCAACGAAUUUCUAGCGAAAUUUCGACACACUUGCUUUAAUAACAAAAAAAAAAACAUAAUUCUAAAUAAAAAAACAUAUUAAUCAGGGUGGAGAUCGACCUGGAAAACCU